AUGACAAGUGAUACAGGUGUCAAUAAUCGACAACAACAAAUUCCCAUGCAAAUGCCAAUGUACGUAGUGGUACCAAUGUACGUUAAUUCGAUUCCACCUUAUACUUCGUAUAUACAAUCGACGCAACCUUAUCCUCCAUUUUCUUAUCAAGCUAAUAUUCACAACGCAUCACUACUACCACCACAACAUCAAACAUCUCGCAAUCCACUUAUGUCAACCCCUACUCGUUGGCCUUCUUAUACUUGGCCCGCCAAUGAAACACAAAGAAACUCAUAUCUGAAUUUAACUGAAUACGAAACAAAAACAGACAACAACAAUUCUCUCGAAGAAACAGCGUUUAUUAGUAAUCGUACAAGUCCCGUAGUAUUAUCGAUAAAGUCAUUACAAUCAACAACAGAAUCACCGGAUCCUGAAGGUGAUCCUUUAACUAAACAUGUAAGUCUUCCAAAAACCGUUUCCGACAAUUUUUCAGCAUUUAUUAAGCCGAAAGUGAACCCAAUUCGUUCUUCAACUUCAUCAUUAGUAGAUGCUCACACAUCUUUAACAAAAUUGACACAUACGAAAAUUAGCAACGAUAAAAUGGCUGUGAAUCAACCAAUAUUCAAUAAUGAGUUGGAGGUAAAUAAUACAUUAUCAAUGAAAAGUAAUCAGAAAUUGGCUGAGCUCAGUUCGCAUGCGCCAUCCGCUCAGACGUCUACUAAACAUCAUAAAUCAUCAGCGUCGCAUGAACACAUUGAUAAGAAUGAGCAAAGACAAAUAUUAGUAAAUAAUUUUGAUAGUAAUGAAAAUUCAGACGAUUACCAUGCCGUUCUCGAUGAAACAAUAGAAAAUGCAUUAGUUACAAUUAAUCACACAAAAGCACAAAUAAGUCCGCACAAGAGCGAUCAAACACUAGAUUCAUCAACACAGUGCUCAAUUCUUCAAAGUUUAACAGAUAAUGGUACACAUCGAUCGAGUCAAACCGAUCAUGAUGAACACGAUUUACUACUGGACUAUAGUUCACGCGCGUGCCGUGACAUUAGCAUUAUGUUGGAAAAUUUUAAAUCAUUGUUGAUUUCUCCUGACACACUAUCAUCAACAACGAUAACAACAUUAAUAAGUCAACAAAAAAUGGCAGCUACAUGUGAUUCUUUAAAUAAUUUGUUGUAUACGAUAAAUUAUAUUAUAAAAUCACGUGUCGACCCAACAAAAACAGAAGAGAAAUGUAUCGUUGAUUCACCGUUUACAAAUGCAUUAAAAGAAUAUCGUACGUGUUCAUCUAUGAUACAAUCACAACAAAAGUCCACGAUACUUGGAAAUAGUGAUACUAUUCAAAAUAGUACGUCUUCUAUAGCAUCAUUCACUACAGUGCCAUCAUCAAGGGUAGAAGCAGUAAUAACGCCGGAACAUCAAUCAGUUAAAUCAAUGGAAAAAAACCUUAAACCAAAAGUUGUUUCAUAUGAACCAAAAAAAUCAUUCGAUAUAAAAACAGAAGCAUUAUCACCACAUUAUCAACAAGUAUUACAACAGCAGACUGUAACAUCACAAUAUUCAUCAAUAGGAUCUUGGUCAGGACGGGGGAAAAGAUUAGAAAAUUGUCCGACGCCGUUAUCUUCAUUACAAGAAACAAACUAUGUGCCAAAUUUAAGCAAUCAUCAAAACAGUUUCAAUCAUUAUCAGGCGAAAUCUAAAGACAUGGCUGAUGCGUUACAAGAUGAUGAUGACUCUCAAUUUCAUACCGGAGACGCUGGUGCUUCAACAACAUAUCCACAGCAAUGUUCAGCGUUGAGAAAAAAUGGUUAUGUCAUGUUAAAAAGUCGACCAUGCAAAAUUGUCGAAAUGUCAACAUCAAAAACUGGAAAGCACGGUCAUGCAAAGGUCCAUAUGAUAGGCAUCGAUAUAUUUACAGGCAAAAAGUAUGAAGAUAUUUGCCCAUCAACGCACAAUAUGGAAGUUCCUAAUAUCAAACGAACAGAAUAUUCGCUAAUUGACCUUGAUUCCGAUGGUUAUGCUUCACUCAUGGAUGAUAAUUCAGAAACACGUAGUGACAUUAAAAUACCUGACGCUGAUUUAGGACAGGAAAUACGCGCAAAAUUUGAAAAUAAUGAAAAUGUUAAGGUUACAGUUUUAAAAGCUAUGGGUGAAGAAGCAAUAAUGUCGUAUAAAAUUGAACAAGAUUCUAAAAAAUAG